AUGUCCGUCCGUGUCGUCGCCAGGAUACGUCCGCUGCUUUCCAAAGAGCUGGACAAGGAUGUCAUUGUACGCGCCGCCAGCACCGAGGAAGGAAAGCCAACGACAAUAGUCAAGAUCCCCAACCCCAAGAACGAAACAGAGGAGUUCUCGUACAUCUUCAACAGCGUCUACGACCAAUCAUGCUCCCAGGAGGAUCUCUUCAAUGCUGAAGUCUACCCUCAUAUCAAGGCCCUCUUCCAAGGCCUUGACGUAACAAUAUUCGCCUAUGGUGUCACCGGUACAGGCAAGACGCACACGAUGCGUGGUGGAAUGAAGAUGGACGACCGCGGUCUCAUCCCUCGACUACUCAGCAAUGUCUUCCGACGCGGCAAGAAGAUCGAAAAGGACUCCAACGGGGAGACGAUAGUCGACGUCCAUCUCUCGUACUACGAAAUCUACAACGACAAGGUAUACGACCUGCUCGAGCCGCCCGAGACGCGCACCCCGAUGGGUCUGCCCCUACGAGAAAAGGAAGGAAAGACAUUCGUGGUCGGCCUAACGGAACGGCCCUGCGACGACGUCAAAGAUUUCGAACGACUCUAUGUCGAAGCCAACAACAACCGCGUCACCGCCGCCACCAAACUCAACGCCCACAGUUCUCGCAGUCAUGCCAUCCUUCGCGUAAAGGUCACGCAAACAACAGGGGACAUGGUGUUGGAAAGCACGGCAUCGGCCAUCGACUUGGCUGGCUCCGAAGAUAAUCGAAGGACCGACAACAACAAGGACCGUCUGAUCGAGUCAGCCGCCAUCAACAAGUCCCUUUUUGUCCUUUCGCAAUGUAUCGACGCCAUUUCGCGAGGCGACAAGCGCAUCCCCUACCGCGAAUCCAAAAUGACGCGCAUCUUGAGCUUGGGCCAGAACAACGGCAUCACCAUCAUGAUCCUCAACCUCGCGCCUAUGCGCUCCUACCACCUAGACACCUUGUCCAGUCUCAACGUCUCCUCCCGCGCCAAGCGAAUCGAAGUCCGCGAAAUCGAAAACGAAGUCGUCUACAAGCAGCCACAUCGCUCACACAGCUCGACUUCCUUCAGCGGUCUGACCAAUGGUGUUCUGGCUCCUCGCCAGCCACUGCGUCCGAUCGGCCUGGGGACUCACAAUUCCUACACCGGUAGCGCCCCCGCCUUGGCCCGCUCAAGUAUCGAUCGCGCUGCUGCCUCGGGGGCUGUUAUCGAAAAGGCCGAAAAGCCGUCCAAGUUAUUCAACGUGUACACCGACCGCGCGUCAGCACACAAAUCCUCUGCCUCGAUAGGUGGCACCUCCCGAUUUGGAGCCGGCCCUCCGCAAGCCAACACCUCGCAGAUCCGCCAGCCUUUGUCUCUGUCGGGACUGGCUUCUAGGCGAUCUUAUACCGACACCGCUACCUCUUCUUCUUCGCCCUCGGAAACCUCAGCUAUUCGAUCAGGACUCAUCGGCACUGGUGCGUCAAAAUUGGCUAGACCUACUGGGUUGCCGUUACCAGGGUCGGUGUCAGCUGGUGUUUCUAGACAAAACAGCUCUUCCGGCUCCGGCGGAAUUCAGCCCCCGAGUUCCAAGUCCCUGUCGGUCGAUAAUACUCCCAUUUUGACCCUCUCAGCAGCCCAGAUCGAAGCCAUGGUCGAGAAAAAAGUUGCUGAGAUCUUGGCGGCGCGCGCAGCAGCUGCUGCUGCUUUAGCCCCGCAAACGCCAACAAACCCUUCUACGCCCAAGUCGGAAAACCCUCCACCGUCUAAUGGGGAGCCAAAGCCGGAAAUCAGCGAAGAAGUCCAGCGACGACUUGAAGCCCUGGAAAGGAGGAUCGAAGAACAGAGUAUGAAUGGUACUUCGCGAUCUAGUUCCAGGCGGGGACGCGGCAAAGAUGAGAAGAAUGCAGGACUACAGCUACUGUUGGAAGCGCGCAAAGCGAAAGAGGCGGGACAGCUGGAGGAAGCAUUAGGGAUGUACGAAGACGCUCUCGGCUUUUUCCCUGGACAGAGGAAGUUGGUGGGCAAGAUCGAAAAGCUUAAACUCAAGUUGGGAAAGAUUUCGAGAGAGGAGUAUGAAGUCAAUGCGCAACUUCGUGAAGAGGCGGGGUCAAGGAUGAGUGGUACUUCCAAGGGCGGCGAGACAGGGAGUAGGAGUUUGAGCAGGAACAGGAAUGGUGGUGAUGAUGGAAGGAGGACAGCUAUGACGGGAAUCUCUUCCACCGACCCGGACGGAGAAGGAGAGGAUGAUGAUGACAUGGCGGCUGAUGUGGAGGAGACUCCCUCCGAGGAAGAAGCGAGGAGGAGGAGGUUGUUGAAGUCGAGAGGUCGCAGCGCUACUCUGGGUGUAGGCAUUUCGAGCAGGUCGAGACAGCAGUUGUACAACAAUACCGAGCAUACGACCACGUCUGCGUCAGCAUCAGCAUCCGAUUACGACGAUCACUCACCUUCCAACUCCGACCCCGAACAUCCCGAACGAAACCUCGAACCCACCCCCCGGACCAAACAACUCCUGGAAAUCGUCAACUCCCGCGACACAGAACGUAUCAAAUCCCUUAAUGGAUUUGGACAAAAGCGUGCCCAGGAUUUAGUCGACCAUCUAGACGGAACCCAAGGACCAAGUGGGAAGGUUAGGAGUUUGGGAGAAUUGACGACUGUGCCGGGGGUGGGCGUGAGGACGGUGGAGAAGGCUUAUGAGGGGCUUGCGGCUGCGGCGGAACUUAGUCAGAAGUUGGCGUUGAAGACUUAUUAUGAUGAGACUGAGACUUUUUAG